CAUAGUUUCACUUCCGCUAAAAUUGCCUCCAGUGUGUGAUAAACACUUCGACAUUCAGUCAUGACUUGGAAACAAAUACUGGGAUGAAAUAACCAAACAGAUUUAAAAACGUACAUAAUCACCAAUCGAUUUCGAGCAAGAUUGGUGUGGGAUCUGAAGAGCUUACAAACUACCUGUUGAAUUCAGUUUGACAUCAACUCCUGUCAUCAUGUCUGCUGGAAGAACCAUACUCUCAAACACAGUGGCCAAGGAUCGGGUUGUCUCAAAAUACCCCCAGGCUUUCCAUCCCGAUGCCACACCCUACCAAAAGAUGAAUUUUCACCCCAAAGUGAAGACUGCCUGUGCAGAAAACAGAACUGGAAGAGUUGGAUUGAAGAUUUGUAAAGCUGUCCUUGUUGGUGAUGUUUCUGUGGGAAAAACAAGUCUGGUCAAUAGGUUCUGUCAUGAUGUGUUUGAUAGAGAUUACAAAGCUACCAUUGGAGUGGACUUUGAAGUAGAAAAAUUCAGCAUCCUCUCCAUACCCUUCACUCUGCAGAUAUGGGACACAGCAGGCCAGGAAAGAUUCAAGUGUAUCGCUGCCUCUUACUACCGAGGGGCUAAUGUGGUGGUGGUAGUGUUUGACCUGUCUGACGAGAUGUCCCUGUCCAAUGCUGCUAAGUGGAUGCAUGAUGCCUCUGAGAGUGCUAGUGAACCAGUGAAGCUGCUGGUGGGCUGCAAAAAAGACAUCAUGCCUGAUGCUGGGUAUGAAGCUGUGGAGAGGCGGGCAGCAGACAUUGCCAAUAGUCUUGGGGCCGAGUACUGGGCAGUCUCCUCUAAAACAGGUGAGAAUGUGAAGGACUUCUUCUUCCGGGCAGUAUCUCUGACAUUUGAAGCAGCUGUCUUGAGGGAGGUUGACACCGACAAUUCACAGCCAUCCAAACAGAUUGGCAAUGACUUUAUACGAGUGGAGAAGGACAAUUUAUAUGAAAGGAAGAAAAAGAAAGGUAUAAACAAAUGUUGUGAAGCGUGAUGAUCACGAUAAGCCUUUAGUUGUCACAACACAUUCCUAUUGAUAUGGUGCUAAUGUUUCAUCAUUCUACGGCUGAUCAAUGCAGGGAGUCUGGUAACAUUUUGUUAAACAACAUGUUAAAUCAUUGUACCACAGCUAUGCUGGAGUUUGGUAACUUUUUUUAAACAACAGCUGCAUGUGUUAUAGAUAUCUGCUUUAAAGAUACAUUUAGAUAAUCAAAUGAGGAACUUGAAAAUACCCUUUUUGUGAAUGAAAGUUUGGACUUAAAUACUUAAUGGAUUGAUAACACAUUGAUCAAGUACUCUAUAAUGGAUUGAUAACACAUUGAUCAAGUACUCUAUAACAAUUGUAUUGAUAUAUAUUAAAAAUUCUUCUAGAAACAGAAAGCAUAUCACAUUAACAUAGCAUAUAUCUUUACGAUAAAUAUCCUUAUCUCUACAUGAUCGACUUAGUGGCUGUUUCUGUCAGAUUUAUUGUUUGACCUGUUGGACCAGAGUUGUUCCUUCAUGAAAUAGGGACAAAGCUAGUGAUCUUUCUGACGAGCCUUGACAAAACUUUCAAGGUAUGUAUGAACAUUUACAAAAAUAGAUUGGCCAGGAUUUAUCUGUUUGUCCGCAUAACUGAACAGACACUUUGCCAUAGUACAACAAUUUGUAUGACACACAUGUUACAUCUUUGUAGUGUUAUUUUUAAAAUCUGCUUCCUUAUGAAAACUUUGGGCAAAUGUGGAUAUUUAUACUGUGUCAUAAUCAUUCUUGGGUAUUCCUUUUUGACUGGCAGGCAUUGUGUGCAAAAAAUAAUAAGUGUUUGAACUUUUUCUACACUUUAACCCACUUUAAUGAGGUUUAUUCUGACAUCAAAUUUAGCACUGUGUCAUACAGCUGACAUAUCCUACUUUACUUAACUGUACCAGACAGCACUAAACCAUACAAGAUGGACACAGUGGUGUAGUGUCAGUAUCCUUUCUCACCUGUUCCAGCGUUCUUUAAGUACAAGGUUGUAUUAAUUUGUUCUGAAUGCUGAGUGGGUGGGGGUUUUUUUUCGUGAUGAAUCGUAUACAGUCAUACAAAGGUCAUGUGAAGAUAUUUUUAUGUCAGGAUCGAAUCUGUGACAUUGUCAAAAAAGCCUGUCAAGCGUGGACAUUUGCAUUUGUGGUUAUUUUUGGAUGUUUAUUCCAAUUUUUACAAAUAUGUGACAAGCUGGAAAUACAUGUACAAAGUCAAUUGAUAUAAGAAAGGAGAAAUAAGUCCAUUGAUGUACAGAAACUGAAAAGGACCUUUUAUAUUUCUGAUUUUUUAACUUUAAACAUCUACAUGUACUUUUGUUUUGAUUUUUUCGUCUUUGUGUGCUAAAGAUAUUCUGAUACUUUUUCUGUGUCAUUUCAUAUGUACACUAGAUUUUUAUAUAUAUAUUUCUCUGAUUCAAUAGAGUUGUGAUUUCUAAUUUUGUGAUUCAUAUGUUAGAAAAAUUUGUUGUAUAAAUUGAUUGCAAGAAAAUAAAUAAAACAUUUAUUGUGUUUAAGUGUAAAUUUGAAGAUAAAAGACACUUUUUAUUAUUUCAAAUUUUGUUACUGAUAUAAGUUAUAUUAUUUGCAUUAUCUUACUGUCUGUUUAAUGGUUAUUAGCUCACCUGGCACAAAGUGCCAAGUGAGCUUAUGCUGUGGCGCGGCGCCCGU